AGCCAUCCAGCUUUUGAUAGCACAUUAUCCAUAAGAGCUGACUGGGGAAAGUAACAAAAGCAGAAUGGCAUUACGGUUUGAAGCAUCGUGUCCAGAGGGGUUUUGUCCAGGAUGGAGUAUCACAGUAAAAGGACAGCCAGCUGUAAGCGCAAAGAGUUUUGAAAUCAAUUUCCUCUGUGACAUGGAUGAUCGUAUUGCCUUCCAUUUUAACCCUCGCUUUUCUGAUUUGGACAUCAUCUGUAACACCUUCAAAUCUAAUCGCUGGGGUAAGGAAGAAAGGUCGAAUACAUUUCACUUUGACGCAGAGGAGCCAUUCCAGGUGGAAAUCUUCUCAGACAGGAGUCACUUCCAUGUCUUUGUCGAUGAGAAUAAAGUGGUGCAGUACCAACAUCGCAUAGAAGACCUCCAGGCCAUCACUCGUGUGCAAAUCGUUAAUGACAUCAGCAUCACAUCAGUGGAAAUUGCAAAAAAGCCUGAUUAUUAGGGAUGCAGUCAGAAGGAAAUCAUAUAGAAAAGGGGACUCGAGGCUGUCAUAGCUGUGACUCCGCAUUGAUGUAAUAAGCUGAGUUUCUUGUAAUUUUCUGUCAUAGCUGUGACUCUGCAUUGAUGUAAUAAGCUGAGUUUCUUGUAAUUUUAUGUCAUAGCUGUGACCCUGCAGUGAUGUAAUAAGCUGAGUUUCUUGUAAUUUUAUGUCAUAGCUGUGACCCUGCAAAGAUGUAAUAAGCUUGAGUUUCUUGUAAUGUUAUGUCAUAGCUGUAUCCCUGCAGUGAUGUAAUAAGCUGAGUUUCUUGUAAUUUUAUGUCAUAGCUGUGACUCUGCAUUGAAGUAAUAAGAUGAGUUUCUUGUAAUUUUAUGUCAUAGCUGUGACUCUGCAUUGAUGUAAUAAGCUGAGUUUCUUGUAAUUUUAUGUCAUAGCUGUGACCCUGCAGUGAUCUAAUAAGCUGAGUUUCUUGUAAUUUUAUGUCAUAGCUGUGACCCUGCAAAGAUGUAAUAAGCUGAGUUUCUUGUAAUGUUAUGUCAUAGCUGUGACCCUGCAGUGAUGUAAUAAGCUGAGUUUCUUGUAAUUUUAUGUCAUAGCUGUGACUCUGCAUUGAAGUAAUAAGCUGAGUUUCUUGUAAUUUUAUGUCAUAGCUGUGACUCUGCAUUGAUGUAAUAAGCUGAGUUUCUUGUAAUUUUAUGUCAUAGCUGUGACUCUGCAUUGAUGUAAUAAGCUGAGUUUCUUGUAAUUUUAUGUCAUAGCUGUGACCCUGCAGUGAUGUAUUAAGCUGAGUUUCUUCUAAUUUUGCUGUCAUAGCUGUGACUCUGCAGUGAUGUUUUAAGCUGAGUUUGUUGUAAUUUUGCUGUCAUAGCUGUGACUGCAGUGUAGUAGUAAGUUGUUUCGUCUACUUUUGUUGUCAUAGCUGUGACUCUGCAGUCAUAUAAUAAAAUAAGCUGAGUUUCUUGUAAUUUUGCUGUCAUAGCUGUGACUCUGCAGUAAUGUAAUAAGCUGAGUUUCUUGUAAUUUUGCUGUCAUAGCUGUGACUGCAGUGUAGUAGUAAGUUGAGUUUCUUCUAAUUUUGUUGUCAUAGCUGUGACUCUGCAGUCAUAUAAUAAAAUAAGCUGAGUUUCUUGUAAUUUUGCUGUCAUAGCUGUGACUCUGCAGUAGUGUAAUAAGCUGAGUUUCUUGUAAUUUUGCUGUCAUAGCUUUGACUCUACAGUGAUGUAAUAAGCUGAGUUUAUUGUAAUUUGCUGUCAUAGCUGUGACCCUGCAGUGAUGUAAUAAGAUGAGUUUAUUCCAAUUUUGCUGUCAUAGCUGUGACUCUGCAGUGAUGUAAUACACCGUUUCUUGUAAUUUUGCUGUUAUAGCUGUGACUCUGCACUCACGUAAUUAAAUAAGCUGAGUUUCUUGUAAUUUUGCUGUCAUAGCUGUGACUCUGCAGUGAUGUAUUAAGCUGAGUGUAUUGUAAUUUUGCUGUCAUAGCUGUGACUGCAGUGAUGUAUUAAGCUGAGUUUCUUGUAAUUUUGCUGUCAUAGCUGUGACUCUGCAGUGAUGUAAUAUGCUGAGUUUCUUGUAAUUUUGCUGUCAUAGCUGUGACUGCAGUGUAGUAGUAAGUUGAGUUUCUUCUAAUUUUGUUGUCAUAGCUGUGACUCUGCAGUCAUAUAAUAAAAUAAGCUGAGUUUCUUGUAAUUUUGCUGUCAUAGCUGUGACUCUACAGUGAUGUAUUAAGCUGAGUUUCUUGUAAUUUUGCUGUCAUAGCUGUGACUCUGCAGUGAUGUAAUAAGCUGAGUUUCUUGUAAUUUUCUGUCAUAGCUGUGACCCUGCAGUGAUAUAAUAAGCUGAGUUUCUUCUAAUUUUGCUGUCAUAGCUGUGACUCUGCAGUGAUGUUAAUAAGCUGUUUCUUGUAAUUUUGCUGUUAUAGCGGUGACUCUGAACUCAUGUAAUAAAAUAAGAUGAGUUUCUUGUAAUUUUGCUGUCAUAGCUGUGACUCUGCAGUCAUAUAAUAAAAUAAGUGGAGUUUCUUGUAAUUUUGCUGUCAUAGCUGUGACUGCAGUGAUGUAAUAAGCUGAAUUUCUUGUAAUUUUGCUGUCAUAGCUGUGACUCUGCAGUGAUGUUAAUACGCUGUUUCUUGUAAUUUUGCUGUUAUAGCUGUGACUCUGCACUCACGUAAUAAAAUAAGAUGAGUUUCUUGUAA